AUGCGGCAUCAAAUGUGGCUACUGCCUCUACUGGCAGCAGGAGCGAGAGCUGCCCCUGCAAGCACAGCUAAAGACAGCGUUUCAUCUGUUGUGAAGAAUGGCGUCAAAUAUACCGUGUUUGAACAUGCCGCGACCGGGGCCAAGAUGGAGUUUGUCAAGAACUCCGGCAUUUGUGAAACUACCCCCGGCGUGAACCAGUAUUCUGGAUAUCUGUCCGUCGGGAGUAACAUGAAUAUGUGGUUCUGGUUCUUCGAGGCCCGGAAUAACCCCAAACAAGCUCCUCUGGCUGCCUGGUUCAACGGCGGUCCGGGAUGCUCCUCCAUGAUCGGUUUGUUCCAGGAAAAUGGUCCCUGUCACUUUGUCAACGGGGACAGUACUCCCUCGUUGAACGAGUUCAGCUGGAAUAACUACGCCAACAUGAUAUACGUUGACCAGCCCAUUGGCGUUGGCUUCUCAUAUGGCACCGACGAUGUGACUAGUACGGUAACUGCUGCUCCGUACGUCUGGAAACUCCUACAGGCAUUCUAUGCACAGUUCCCCGAGUACGAAAGUCGCGAUUUCGCAAUCUUCACUGAGUCAUAUGGUGGGCACUAUGGCCCCGAAUUCGCCGCCUACAUCCAGGAGCAAAAUGCCGCCAUCAAGUCCGGAUCUGUCUCAGGUGAUAACAUCAACCUGGUUGCCCUCGGCGUCAACAAUGGCUGGAUUGACUCAGCGAUCCAAGAAAAGGCAUAUAUCGAGUUCAGUUACAACAACUCGUACCAGCAGCUCAUCGACGACUCUCAGCGUACCAGCCUCCUCAGUGCCUACAACAACCAAUGUCUCCCUGCUAUCCAAAAGUGCACAAAAACGGGAAGCAACACCGACUGCAAGAAUGCGGAUAGUGUCUGCUACAAUAAGGUCGAGGGACCGAUUAGUAGUUCGGGCGACUGGGACGUCUAUGACAUUCGCGAGCCGUCGAAUGAUCCCUACCCACCUUCGACAUACUCGACUUAUCUCGCCAAUUCCGAUGUUGUGAAGGCUAUUGGUGCGCAAUCCAGUUACCAAGAAUGUCCAAACGGGCCAUACAACAAGUUUGCGUCAACUGGCGACAACCCUCGCUCUUUCCUGUCUACACUCUCCAGCGUGGUCAAGUCGGGCAUCAACGUGCUGGUCUGGGCGGGUGACGCCGACUGGAUCUGCAACUGGCUUGGCAACUACGAAGUUGCCAACGCAGUCGACUUCUCAGGGCAUGCAGAAUUCAGCGCAAAGGACCUGUCACCAUACACGGUUAAUGGCGCUGAAAAAGGGUUGUUCAAGAAUGUGGACAAUUUCUCGUUCUUAAAGGUGUACGGAGCAGGACAUGAGGUUCCUUAUUACCAACCCGAAACGGCACUGCAGGCGUUUGAGCAAAUCCUUCAAAAGAAGCCAAUUUCCUCAACUUGAGGUUUGGGUCAUGUGUAGUCUUCACUACAAAGGGACUGGAACCUUGGCGGGUGUACAUACCAAGGCAUAUAAUAUAAGCAAAACUUGGCAUACCACGCUGGUGUAUGGAAAGGAAAAUCUUGGCCAAAAAUUGUUCGGAAAAUGGCGGACUACAGUCCGGUAUCUCGCUGUCAGUCUCAAUUGGCCCGGGUAGAUGUAGUCGGACUGGAAUUUCUUCAGUGAUCCAGAUUCUGAACGCCCUCGUAAAGAUGGUG